AUGGGAACCACUUCAGGACCACAGUUCCUAUCAGAGGAUGGAUUACCGUACGGUAUGCCAAGUGGAGCAAGCCCCGCGCUGCACCCUAGCACUCCCUUCGGUAAUCCACCUGCGCUUCAGACCACGGUCGAAGCGGAGCUUCUGGCUCAAAUGACCUCCCUCCGAAAGGAGAUGGCUAAACUCCAAGAACGUAACAAUCUCCUUUCGUCCAAAGUGGACGAAACCCAGCGGUUGCUUAAUCAGCAGGAAACACAAAACGUUCGAACCACCGAAUCUUCCCAGAGUCAGCAGACCCCCGGUCGGCAGAGGAAGGGAAAACAGGGGGCAAAGGCAACGCCUGCACCCUCCAAGCAGCUGGUGGUCCCAGCACCCCAGGACCAACCGCACGUACCGAAGAAGGUAUACACCGAUUGUCGUCAUCGGAUCAACGAUAAGAAGGAGGCCGAACGGCAUAGGUCCCCAAUCAGAGUAAACGCCCACUUGAGGGACUCCCGGUGA